AUGUCUUUCCACAAGCUAUGCCUUCUCGUUUUGGCAUCACUGAUAAACUGCUAUUUGUGUGCCCAUGUGGUGCACGUGGAUCGGUUCAUCUUCACUGUUGACGAUCACGACCUGUUCGUAUCCCAAAGUGCUUUCCUCGAGCAGGAGUCCAAUCGCAGUUAUUUAUCGGGCCACAUGAUGAUAAACCGGCUUAUCAAUGAUCUAACUCUUGUUUCGUCAAUGGACAUUUUGCGACCUCCGCGUCCGGAAAUGCGCCUCUACAACGUGAAGUUAAACUUCUGCUCGAUUCUCAAUAAUGGCUAUAAGAAUAAGUUUAUCAGAAUGCUUUACAAUAACUAUGCGGAGUUUCUCAAUGCCAAACCAAAGUGUCCACUUAAGCCGAAUUUUAACUACACCUUGACUAGGGCAUAUGUUGACGAAGAUAUGCUACCUGAUCUCCUACCAGAGUGCUCUUAUCGUAUGAAAAUGUCUUUUCAGCAAAAAUCAAAGCUACUUGCUCACAUCCAAUUUGAUGGACGAUUGCUUGUCAAAAAACGUUAA